AUGAAUACCCAAGCUGUCGAAAAUACUGAUGCCAGUAAUGCUGUUGCUGGAAAACGAAAGAAGUACAGUAAAAUCUCCAAAGAGUUUUUUGAGGAUUUCUAUUGCAAGUGGACACAAGCCAGGAUAGUUGAUCCUGCCGUACCCUUCACAAGAUUCUGUGAGGAAAAAGGUGUACAGGAAAGCUGCAGUGCACUCAGGCAGAGAGUUACCAGCAGGAAGCAAAAGGAAGCGAUUGAGUUAUUAUCGCAAACCAGGAACAAACAGCCUGGACGCAGAAAGACGACAGAGCCAUUUCAUGGGCAUCGAGGGCUAGAGGGAGAGGGAGGAUGGUGGAUCACUCUGGCUGAAGCCGAGCAAAGGGCCAAAGAACGAUGGUGGUUGCUACCCAAUCUACAAGGCCGUCAGGUUCCAACCCAACAGUACUCCACAUGCAAGGAUGCUCCUGCCAAUCGACCCAUAUGGAUGUUUCACAAUGGCGACAUGUAUUUGGGAGAGUGGGACGAGCAGACAAAAAUGGAAAACGGAUUUGGAAUCACCUUUUAUUUUUCACCAAUCAAGUACAAAGGAUUGAUUCAUAUUGGUUAUCGGAAGAAGGGAUUUUGCCAUGGCAAGGGUGAUGCUUUCUGGUUGGAAUCUGCUCCAUCUUGGAGAAAGAAUUAUUUCCCAGCGUCGCCGAUUAAACGCCCUAGUGGUGGUGGUGGAUUGCCCUUUUGCUACUCUGGACACUAUAAGAAUGGGCUCCAAUGGGACAAGCACGCAGUGGUACGUUUGAAGGAUGGAACCACUCGGUUAGGUCCUUGGGAAGGUGGAUCACCAGUGGGAACGUUUUUUUCGCAUGCCGGAGUUGCUGCCGGAGGAGGCACCUUUGUGAAUGCCGCUCACGAAGUCGACAGCCAGGAUUCUUCUUCGGAAGAUGGUCUCUGCGAAGAGAGAGCAAAAAGUGUACAACAAGAUGAUCUUGGUAGCGACGAAGAUGACGCUUUGAUACAUCUUGAAACAGGAACUUCUUGCUCAAACAAUACAGAUUCAGACUCCGAGGAGAGUGCAAAGCCGCCCCCUCGAAAGCCGGGACGCCCGAAGAAACACAAAACACCUGUGGCAGGUUUAGACUCUGAGGAGAAAGCAACGCCGCCCCCUCGAAAGCGGGGACGCCCAAGAAAACACAAGAAACCUGAAGCAUGUUCCGACUCCGAGGAGAGCGCAAAGAAACCCGAGGCUCGUCGACAACGGAGAAAGCGUUGGCGGCCAAGGAAACAUUCUACCACCGCGAUUGGGCAGGCAGAAGAAGAACCAGCAGCACAACAUCAAGAUGAUGCCAGCACAACGAACUCAGUUGCAAGUAGAAUCGACUCUGUACCGGUACCGGUAUUGUUCGAAAGGGACCUUGUGGCACGGGUAGCGGCAUCUACGGCAACAGCGCAGAUGCCGAAUGUCGCCGCCGUCAAACAGGAGCCAAUUGGUGAAUUCGAGCUUUCUUCCGACUCGGAAGCGGACAAGGAUGAACACCCCUUGUCAUCAGGCACAGUCAAGCAAGCUGGCGAGGCGGAACAGGUUGAUGGUUCCAAUGAGACAGUGCGAUUGAGGCAGAUUCGCGAAUGGAUUGACCAAGAUGUCAUUGGCAACAACCCCAGUCCUGACACUAUUAGCGCAUAUGCCCGGCAACUUUUCGAUGAAGGCUUUGAAUCUGUGGAGAUGAUCAAGGCAGAUCUCACAGAGAAGGAUGUCAACAACUACGAAUGGAUCAAACCAAACCACAAGCGGAAAUUUAUAUGUCAGAUUCAAAGAGGAUGGAUCUAA